CCGUGAAGAGACAGCAGCAAAGGGAUCAAAUGAGGCGGUAGAAAUGGAGAGCAAGAGGACGGGGAGGGCGAGUGAAAAUGUUGAAAAGACAUGGCGUGGCAGCCUGACACAAUAAGGGGAUCUCAGUGCGUUUAACGGAGUUGCCUGAAACAGGUCCAGGCUGAAGAGUCGAGCUGCCUGUACGGUGGAUUUUUUUCUCAGUUUUUGCUCGGCUUUUGUUGGUUCUUACCUCGUCUAACCAGAGCGCAUAACGACGUUUGUACUGAUUGGGGACUGCAGAGAGAAGUCUGUAGCCAGCAACCCAGUCUGACAGGAUUAAAAGGAAACUCAGUAUGAGUCGAGAUGGGUGGGCAAAGAAAAGAGCCAAUGCCAGUGGUGACAAUGGUUGGGCUGAGAGGGGCGGCUACAUGGCUGCCAAAGUCUCCAAGCUGGACGAGCAGUUUAAACUUGACGCCCCCAUGGAAAAACAGAAGCAAGGCCUUUGCUCCAACAUCUUCAGCGGGGUGGCCAUUUAUGUCAAUGGAUACACAGAACCAAGUGCAGACGAGCUUCGGAGACUGAUGAUGCUGCAUGGUGGUCAGUUCCAUGUCUACUACUCUCGCUCCAAGACCACCCACAUCAUCGCCAAUAACUUGCCCAACAAUAAAAUUCAGGAGCUCAAAGGGGAGAAGAUCAUGAAGCCAGAGUGGAUCACGGACAGUGUCAAGGCUGGGCAUCUCCUGCCUAACCUACAGUACCAGCUGUAUGUGAAACAGAAAGGCCCACUCUUCCCUGGCAUGACUCGGCGCCAGGCCUCAGCCAUUGCUGGACCGAGCCAUGGGCAGCUGCAGCUGAGUGUCCAUCAAACACUUCACUUGCCACAGCGCAGUGUUCAGCACUCUGUUACCAACCACGAGCAGUCAACGUCCAGCUACCAGAAUAACGCCAAACUUACCCCCAGCCACAGUCUAUGUUACCAAGGCAACAUUCAACCUCAGUCCACACAACACACCUCUGCAGCUUGCUUCAUUAAACCUCAGCCUAGUCACUCAGUGUCUGGUCACCCCAAUAUAGAUGCCAGACACAGAGGCCCUUUACACACCCACCUGCCAUCUAAUACAAGCUCCACAAAGCCCCCACAGUCUGCACCAAAUGGCUGCAAAGAAAUGGAAUUACAAUUAAAUGGAUUACUGCAGAACUCAACUGGCUUGAAGACAAGCCUUUCAAAAGUUAACAAAACACAAGAGUGUGGUGGAGGUCUUUACCCAGCUGUGUUGAAGGAAGCCCCUCUGACCAACGGACAUGUUCAUCUUAUUAAUGGUGCCUUAAAGCCAGAGGACCAGUCUCCUGUUACAGAUGAAUCCUCUGUUUACAGCAAACGGUCUGAAUGCAGCAGUAAGAGUCCAGAAGAUAAACCUCAGAGUCCCUCGGUACAUUUUCAGACCAAACCUGACCCGUACGAGUUUCCCCACAGUCCUCCAAAGCAAUCUGAGCAUUCCUCUGUCUUUGUGGAGUCCUGCUCACACGCAGCAAAUGAGCAGAGAGCUAAACCUCCACCCACCUACCAGGAGUCUAUGAAAGCCACUGACACCCAUUUACUCCCAAAGCAGCUCCAGCCAUCCCUUCAGGUUGACUCAAAUCCUGAAAAGACUCCUCUUGCAUCUCCCUCUCUUUCAUAUUCUCCAGUUCGACUCAAUGGAAGUCACCACAAAGCCUUUUCAUCAGAUCCUGCCUCAUUCAACUCAACCAACACACCAGCCAAAUCAGAUCAUCCCACUGACAAGCCAUCUUCAUUGUCCAAGUCUUCAGCCAAUCUGCUGGCACACACAGGUGAUUUGAUUUCUGAGUACUACUCCCACUCGCGUUUGCACCAGAUCUCCACGUGGAGGACCAGCUUUUCUGAGUAUGUCAAUGAACUACACAGCAAAAGAAAAGCAACAGCGGGCGCCUCGUUUCCUGGGAAAGAACGACUGAGGAAAUCUGUGGCACAGCACUCUUCAGAGUUUCAUGGCGCAUCAUCAUCCACAGAUGUUAAGUCCUGCAUUUUUCACGUGGACAUGGACUGCUUCUUCGUGUCGGUGGGGAUCAGACAUCGACCAGACCUCAAAGGAAAGCCUGUAGCUGUGACUAGUAACCGUGGACAGGGCAGAGUGCCCCUCAGACCUGGAGCCAACCCUCAGCUGGAGCAGCAGUACUACCAGAGGAAACACUCUCACCAUCAGUCAGAGAGGAAUGAUGAGGAUCUAUACAGAACUCCUUCGCAAGAAAGUCCUGAUUUCCAUACCAAUGGAGUGGACCACGAUCCUGCGGCGCUAUCGAUGGCAGAGAUCGCAUCUUGCAGCUAUGAGGCUAGACAGGCAGGGGUGAAGAAUGGGAUGUUUUUUGGCAAAGCAAAACAGUUGUGUCCCUCGCUGCAGUCCGUCCCAUACGAUUUUGAGGCCUACAAAGAGGUCGCUCUUACCAUGUAUGAGAUUCUGGCGAGUUACACCCAUGACAUCGAAGCUCUGAGCUGUGACGAAGUAUUGAUAGAUGCGUCUGCUCUGCUGGCCGAGUUGGGCAUUAAUGCAGAAGAUCUUGCCAAAGCUAUCAGAGCAGACAUCAAGGAGAAAACGGGAUGCUGUGCCUCAGUGGGCAUGGGCUCCAACAUCCUGCUGGCUCGGCUGGCAACACGAAAGGCCAAGCCAGAUGGCCACCAUUUCUUAAAGUCUGAAGAAGUGGAUGAUUUUAUCAGGGACUUGCCAGUGACCAGUUUACCAGGUGUUGGGCCUGUUAUGGGCAGAAAGCUGGCUGCUAUGUCUGUGAGGUCAUGUGGGGACCUUCAGCAGGUGUCUCUUAAUCAGCUGCAGAAGAAGUUUGGACCCAGAACUGGACAAACGCUGUUCCGUUUUUGUAGAGGGCUGGAUGACCGGCCGGUCCGCUACGAAAAGGAGAGGAAAUCUGUCUCUGCGGAGAUGAACUACAACAUUCGCUUUACAAGGAUUGAUGAGGCAGAGUGUUUCCUGACUAACUUGUCCAUGGAGGUUCAAAGACGUUUACAAGAAGCCGGGCUGCGGGGUCGCAGAGUCACACUGAAGGUCAUGGUUCGCAAAGUUGGAGCUCCUGUGGAGACUGCUAAAUACGGUGGUCAUGGCGUAUGUGAUAACCUAGCCAAGACUGUGAUGCUCGCUCAGUCCACUGACAGUGGUCAGCUGAUUGGCUCUGCAGUCAUCAAGCUGUUCCAUGCCAUGAAGUUGCAGGUUCAGGACCUGAGAGGUGUCGGCAUCCAGGUUCAGCUUCUGGAGGGAAGUCACUCUGUCCACCAGGGUGCUACAGGAAAAGGGACGCGAUCCAUCAAACAGAUGUUACUAGGCCAGGCACACAGUGCCCAAAACCACAACAGAGCCGCUGUAAACAAGAGCACAGACCAGGAAAAGACUCUCUCAACCACAUCACCAUCAUCUGGCACCGCUCCACAUCCUCUGUCCCCCCCCGAGCCUGUCCCAGGAACCAGCGAAGAGCAGCAGCCAUGCAGAAGAACGCCUAAACACUCUCGAGCACGUCUCAACUUCAGUAUUGAAGUCCCUUCCCCUUCACAGGUCGAUCGUUCUGUGUUGGAGGCCCUGCCCGCAGAGCUGAGAGAACAGGUGGAGCAGUCGUGGACUCAUCGGGACGCAAGACCAAAAAACCAUUGCUCACCCAGUCCACAGACUUCUGCUCCCUUUCCUCCGUCUGCCUCUCUAAAGUCUCGUCCAACCUCACCUCUUUGUCCUCCUCCUUCAUCUGGAUCUGCACUGAACACUCCACAUGUUGGGACACUGGUUCUACAGAUCCCAAACCAGCCAGACAGUCCGGGAAUUGUAUUGGAACUACCAAACUUCUCACAGGUCGACCCUGAUGUAUUUGCUGCCCUUCCCAAAGAGCUACAGGAAGAACUGAAGUCUGCCUACAACCGCGUGACUAUCCAACCUCAAUUAAAUAUAUUGGAGCAGAAUAAUCCUCUGCUGCAGCUCAAACAGUCAGGAGCAGGAAUCGGCGUUGGUCGCGUAAAGCGCCGCUACAAGAGAAAAAAUGCUGCGAGUCCCGUUAAAAAAGGACCUUCACCUCUGAAGAGGCGUCACAAAACAAACAGCCCCGCCAAAACUGCACCACCUCCGAUAGCAUCACGGGAAUCAUUAAACGUAGUAAAGUGUGAAAACGGUCCGUCCACAUCCUCCUCGAAACCAGACUUCCCAGAGUCGUUGUCCAAAUUCAUCCCUCGUCCUGCUCCAGCAUUAGCUGGAGCAUUCGACCUGACAGACAUUAAAGUCCUACUACGGGAGUGGGUCACCUCCAUAACAGAACCCAUGGAGGAGGACAUCCUGCAAGUGGUGAAAUACUGCACUGAUCUGAUUGAGGACAAAGAUCUGGAAAAGUUGGAUUUGGUCUUAAAAUAUAUGAAAAGGCUCAUGCAGCAGUCACUUGAGUCCGUCUGGAGUAUGGCGUUCGACUUCAUCGUCGACAACGUACAGGUGGUCGUGCAGCAGACGUAUGGCAGCACUCUGAAGAUAGUAUGAGGAAUGGUGGGAUGCGGUUUUCACCGUUUCUUUGAACACAUUUUGAUUUGCUACUUUGACAAGAUCAUCUGCAAAGGAAAUGACGACGUCUCCAUCUCCACUGUGACACCACUGCCACACACGCAAGUGAAUGCCAUCGAGAGAACUAGACCCAUAGCAGUAUUUCACGAGAGCGCGUACAGUACAGAAAUGUCUGUACUUGCUCUCUCAGCGCUGAAGGACAGGAAACUGUACUUACUGUAGAAGCAAUUAUUGCAGCUUUUUGAAAAUUUGAAUUUUUUGAAUGAUGUUCCUUUUGCCAAAUAAUGCCAGAAGUCUUAGGUUAAGAUUUCUGCAGGCAGUAUGUCACUGAUUCUUAAACAUGGAAAGAUUUUUUCUGAUGAGCACUAUCCACCUGACAACUAUUAAUAACUGGUAAAUAUAAUCAUGUUUAACAACACAAAUAACCUUUUGCUCAUUUUUGAAUUAGUGAGUUUUGUCGCAUUCAGACAUUAAACACAUAAUAAUAACCUCAGAAGAGACGGGAGAAUAUUUUGGUGUCCCAUGCCACUCGUACUGACCUGUGAAAUAUCUACUACUACAAAUCAGACUUUUUUAGAAAACCAAAAAAAAAAGUCUGGUUCAUACAGUAGCAAGUUUUUCUUGUUUCUUGCAAAAAGUGCCAGAACGUGUUAUAUUAUGUAAAUAAUGUUUUCUAAUGUUAAUUCUUGUUCUUACGAGUUUGAGAAGAAAACGUGUAUGUAGAGGUCUUACCUCUUGUAUUGUUUACAUGUAGUGAAUUCUUAGUAACUGUCUUUAAACUAUAAAUCUUUAACUGUUUGUACAUGUUCCAACAUGGAAAUCAAAGGCUGGCCAAAGCACUUCAUGUGAGGUUAACUGUUGAUUCUCAGUAGCACUCUGACUACAGAGGAUGUUGAUUGGGUUAUGGCAAUCAACAAGUAGCCUAUGCAUCUUUUAUUUCACUAACAAUAAGAUGUCCCUUCAAGAUAAUGUAAUAUUUAAUACAAACUUUGUACUUGGAGUCAAUUUUACAGCUUGUUUUCAUAGAUCUGAAUGUUAAAAUAAUGCUGGGUUUGCAUAGGGACACGAGGUGUGAUUUCUUUUUUUAACCCUGGAAACCAUCAUGUGCACUCCUGCUGGAAGCGGUUGAGUGAAAUGUCUGUAAAAUGAGCUGUUGUCACGGUGACAGCGGUGAUCGGAAGAACUCGGCAGAUGUGGGCGGAUGGCUGGCUUGAGAUUCCCCCCACGCGAGACAUGAUGUGUGCGUGUUUGCAAAGUUCCCUCAAUACGGUCUCUAUAUGCAAACCAAAUCAGGCUGCCAUGUUUGUUUUUUACUUGUUGAAAUGAAUGUAAUUCAUAAUGUGCAAGUGUCCACUCAUCUUCAAGAUGUUACUUCUCUUCACCUCUCGUAUGUUUUCAGAAGGGAAUGGCCAGGAGCGAAACUCGGCCAGUCUUGUCUUCUCUAAACUGGCUUGUGCCUGAUGACCUUAAGCUGUGAACUUGUUUGUAAGUUUUCUAAAUCUUGGUAAUAAACUGUAAACUCUGUAAUAA